AUGUCAAUUGGAUUUGCUUUAGGAAAAACACCAGUCGUUGUUCUUAUUGGAUCCCCUGGAUCAGGAAAAGAAACACAAUCAAUUAAAAUUUCAAAUAAUUAUUCUUUUACACGUAUUAGUACAGGAGAUAUUUUAAGAAAUGAAGUAAAAAGUGGUUCACCAAAAGCUUUAGAAAUGAAAAAAACAAUAGAUUCUGGUCAAUUGGUACCAAAAGAAUUUAUUGAAACAUUAAUGAAAGAAUACAUGUUAGGUGCAGUUUCACAAAAAACAAAAGGAUUUAUAGUUGAUGGUUAUCCAAGAGACAUUGCUCAAGGAGAAUCAUUUGAAAGAAAAUUUAAAAAACCUGAUGUUAUUAUAUAUUUAGAAGUAUCAGAUCAAACUAUUCUUAAACGUCUUAAAGAAAGAACUGGAACUUCUGGAAGAGCUGAUGAUAAUACUGAAGCUAUUGCAAAACGUUUAAGACAAUUUAAAGAGUCAACAUUACUUCUUGUUGAUCACUAUAAAAAAGAAAAAGUUUGUCAAGUUGUCAAUGGAGACAGAGACCCAGAUCAAGUAUUCGGAGAUAUCCAAAAAAUCCUUGAUGCUAAAUAUAAAAAUUUAUAG